AUGCUUACGUGCUACCGCGGCGGCUUCCGCGCCGCGGGCAGCUUCAACUCCCGAGACGAUGAUGAAGGCGACUUUGACGACUUCUUCGAGGGCGGCUUCGACGAUGGUGAUGGCGAUGGCGACGAGGAGGGCGACCGGCCAUACCGCCGGCCCCCUCGCCGCCGGGAUCCCAACAUGCAGAACCCCCACUUCAACUGGGACGGCAAGCCGACCUCGACGGCGCCGGCCCCGCGAAGCAGUGGCCCCCGCGCGCCGACCGGCCUUUUCACCCCGCCCACCGCCGGGGGACGCCCGCGCACCAGUCAGCCCCCCCGGCAGGAUGGCCUGCCGGCGGUCCCCCAGCGCGGGAGCGCUCGCUCCGGGGCCGAGCCCCCGGCCACGGCCUCCCCCGCCACCGUCGAGGCCGCGCUGGUCAACAGCAGCCGCUUGACCUCCUUCGUCGUGGGCUCCACUCGCAAGGUGGGCUCCUUCUCCGGGCUCUUUGGGACCGGCUCGGGCGACGACUCGGCGGACGCCCCCGGCUCCGACCGCCUGAACCGGUCUUCGCCCGGCGACGAGUCCGACGACGACUUGACCAUCGGCGAUGGCGGCGCCGGUGUCCCCAUCAACCCGGCCACCUUCCACCUGUUCCGGUAUGCGCCCUUCUCCCUGCAAAAGGGCCGGACCCUGGACGUCACCCGGUCGCGGUAUGUGGAAAAGGGCCGCACGCAGAACCCCUUCAGCCGGUAUCGCGUGUCGUCGAGCUCGCUGGAGCGGCCGGACGCCCUGCGUGUGCUCUUCACCACGGCCGCCGGCUCCAGUGCCCAGACCACCACCGCCCAGAAGACCCAGUACAUCAACAGCAUCAUGGAAUUCUGCUCGGCCCAGGUCAAUCCCAACUUCUCACACUACAUCUUCGAGGACAUCGAGCGGUACAUCGUCAGCCUGCUGGUGGAGCAUCCCUACUUCACGGAGGAGCCGCACCCCGAUGACAGUGAGGCCAAGACCCCGGCCGGCAAGCGAGUUCUCCAGAUGAUCGCCAAUGUCAAGCACAUGCGCGAGCUCUUCGAGGAUGCCAUGCUGGAUGUGCCCAGCGACCGGCCGUGGAUCAUUGCCACCACCUUCAAGGAGAACAACCUCCUGAUCACCAAGUACCCGCCCGCGGUCCUCGUCCGCCUGGCCUCCUUCCAUGGGUAUAAGCUGCUCAAUGAUCAGGGCCUCUGCCUGGACACCUUCACCUCCAUGCUGGACCACUACUACAUCAAGUAUGUCAUGCCCUACGUCGAGGACUCCGACGGGGAGGAGUAUGCCCUGCUCAAGCCCAAGGAGCUGGACAUCCACUCGCCCACGUACCUGCCGCGGCCGGCGGUGGUCACCAUCAUGGGGCAUGUGGACCAUGGCAAGACCACCCUGCUGGACUCGCUGCGCUCCGGGUCCGUGGCCGCCGGCGAAGCUGGCGGCAUCACCCAGCAUAUCGGCGCCUUCUCCGUUCCCCUGCCCACUGGCGAGAGGGUCACCUUCAUCGACACGCCCGGUCACGCGGCCUUCUCGAACAUGCGCUCGCGCGGUGCCUCGGUUACCGACAUUGUGGUGCUGGUGGUGGCCGCCGAUGACGGUGUCCUCCGGCAAACGGUCGAGGCCAUCAACCACGCGCAGAAUGCCCGCGUCCCCAUCAUCGUGGCCAUCAACAAGUGCGACCGGCCGGACGCCAAUCCGGACCAGAUCCGCCAGCAGCUCCUGUCGCAUGGCAUCCAGACCGAGGAGUAUGGCGGCGACAUCCAAAGCUGCGAGGUGUCGGCCCUGCGCCGGGAGGGGCUGGACCGGCUGCUGGACGCCAUCAACACCCAGGCCAUGAUGAUGGACCUGCGCGCGGAGCAGGACGGCCCGGUGGAGGGCAUCGUCCUGGAAAGCCGGUAUGACCGCGGCCGCGGCCUGGUGGCCACGGUGCUGGUGAAGUCCGGGCUCCUGCGCAUCGGGUCCUGCCUGGUGGCCGGAGCCGGCUGGGGCCGAGUGCGCGAGCUCUCCAACGAGCAUGGCGUCGUCCUGUCCAAUGACCCGAACUUCACCUUCAUCCCGCCCGGCAUGCCGGUCGAGGUGUCCGGCUGGCGGGAGCUCCCGCACGCCGGUGACAUCGUCAAUGAGGCCCCCUCGGAGCAGGCUGCCCGGGCCAUUCAUGAAGCCCUCAACCGCACGGGCUACGAGUCUGGCAUGACGGAGAUGACGCGCGAGGCGGCCCUGGCCGCCGAGACCGCCGCCGCCCUGGCCCGCGAGAAGGAGGAGCACGACCGCGAGAAGCGCCGGCGCAACCGCCACCGCGCUGCAGUCCGGGACAAGCUCGACGACAUUACCAACAUGAUGGAGCAGGGCCCGGAGGAAGCUGGCCCGCGGCACUUCAAUGUGAUCAUCCGCGGCGAUGUCCAGGGCACUGUCGAGGCCCUGGCCGAGCUGCUGCCGGUGCUGAAGAACGACCAGCUGCACUUGAAGGUGCUGGAUCAGACGGUCGGCGAGAUCCGCUCGUCGGACAUCUACCAGGCCGCCACGACCAAGUCCCACAUCGUGGCCUUCAACAUCCCCGUCUCCAAGACCGCCCAGCAGGAGGCCAAGCUGGCCGGCGUCCGGAUCUUCGACUCGCGGGUGGUGUACCACCUGCUGGAGGAGCUGCGCGAGACCAUGAGCCAUUCCCUGGAGCCCGAGGAGUAUGAGGAGGAGCAGGGCGAGGCCAUGGUGCAGCAGCUGUUCGUCACGCACCUCGGCAAGCGCCCGGUCACGGUCAUCGGCUGUAAGCUGGCCACCGGCCGCAUGACGCGCGACUCGCGCGUCCGGGUGUACCGCGGCAAGGAGCUCAUCCACGAGGGCGGCAUCCUGUCGCUGCGGCACCUGAAGGACGACGUGAAGACCGUGGCCAAUGGCCAGGAGUUCGGCCUGACCCUGCGCCAGGACACGGAGUUCGAGCUGCAGCCCGGGGAUCGCGUGGUGGCGCACACCAUCUCCACCCGCGCGCCGAAGUUCAUCACCUCCGAGGAGGCCAUCGCCAGCCUGUGAGCCCAGGCCGGGCGCGCAUGGCGCCGAGCGCCGUCGGGCGCGCGCGCGCGCGCGCUGCCCGGAGAAAAGCCAGCCGACGUGUGCGCGGCUGGGGCGAAGAGAAAAGGUGCCACCUCGUGUGGUCACGCGCGCGCGCGCGCGCGCGCG